UUAUAUAUUUGAUUGAACAUUAAUAUUGUUAGAAUAUUAACAUAUUUCCGUGUGUAAAUAUAUAUUUUGAUGUUCAUUCUCACAGAUGAGAUUUCACAAGAUUGUCUCGAUCGUUCUUGUUGUAAUAACGAUCGCAUCGGCAUACCCGCAAAAAGAUGGUCAAGUCUUCAGUAAUGAAGCGAUUAGACAAGCUCAAAAUACCUAUCUCAUUCCUAAGGAUGCGACGAUACAAAAAGUUCAGGAAGGAAUAGAAUUAGCUGCAUAUGAAUCGAUUCCUGGAGAUCAAAGGAUAAAUCUUUUUGAAAUACUUGGAGAACACGUACCAUCAGAAGUUGUUAACAAUCUGCAAACUCAAAUUGAUCAAAUAGGGCGAAAUUAGAAUUUAUUGUUCAACAUUAAAUGUGUUGUGUCGAUUUUUCGUUAUCUGACUGUACAAAAUUACUUUUAAUAAUAAGUAUUUUAAUAUGUACUUAUAUAAAAGUAUUUAUAAAUAAGCGAUAAAUUACUCUCUUUCGUGAAUGUAUAUAUAUAUUCAGCUUUUACAUUUUUAUAAAUAAACGCAA